CAUAUGUGCAGCACUGUGUACUUUUGAGGAGUGUUGAACUAGUCUUUGGGGGCUGCUGUCCGUGUUUUCUCUCCUCUCACAGUGUCUGCUCAUUGCAGGAAAGUUAAUUUGAACCUUUGCACCGUCUGAAAAUGUCUUGUUCAGCCUUUGGUUGCACUAGAAGACCUGCCAAGGACUCCACGGCUCAGUUUUUCCGUUUUCCUCUGAGUGAUGAGAUCCGGGUGAAGAAAUGGGUGAUGAACGUGAGGAGGAGGAACUGGAUGCCGUCUCGCUCGUCACGUCUGUGCUGCGCUCACUUUGAGGAGAAUCAGUUCUUCUUGGACAUAAAGGGGAAGAGGAGGCUGAAGGACACGGCUGUUCCCACCAUCUUCAACUUCCCUCCUUACCUGGUGAGAAAGAAAGAAGCAACGAAGGCAACGAGGAUCAAGUCGGUAAGUAUGACGGUAAGUGACGGUUUUGCUCCUGCACCUGUUCCUUUAUGUUCUCCACCUUCAUAUCAGCCUCAUUGGGAGCUCGGUCCUGUUAGUCCUCCUCCUCCUUCUCCUCCUGCUGCUCCUCUGUGUCCUGUGUUUAAUAAUGAAUUUGUUCCCAAAACUGAGAGUGAAGAUAUCAAAAUUUGUCCAGCUGAUUUUAAUAUGGUCACAGUGAAGGAGGAGCCGGUUGAGGAGCCGGUGGAGGAGCCGGUGGAGGAGCCGGUGGAGGAGCCGGUGGAGGAGCCGGUGGAGGAGCCGGUGGAGGAGCCGAUUCAUUACAACAUAGUCGUGAUCACAGCUGAUUUCGGUCAGGUUGUCGCCGACGACACGACCGAGAGCAGCACGAGCCAAGACUCUCAGGCAGUCAGCCACGAUCACAGCUACCUCUGCACCAAAGAGAAGCAGCUCCCCGCGUGCAACGACCACUGCUACAUCGGCUCCGAGUCGCCGCGGACGCUCAAACGCAAAGUGCUCGCCGUGCAGGAACAGCUGAUCGCAGCGCGCAAGAAGCUGAAGGUGAAGUGUCAACAGACGCGGAGACUCAAGUCAAGACUGCUGACUCUGAAAGAUCUGGUGAAGGUCCUGAGGAAAAAGUUACAACAAAAAAACCAACAACAGCUUUAG